UGAAAACAAAGCGUACAGGUUAGGUGCUGAAAGUGAUUUCCAUGCAGUAAAUGACCUUGGAAGUACUUCAGAUGUCAGUAGGUUGCUUCCACACACAGACCCAAUGAUACUUUACGCCUGUAAUAUAUUAUUAAUGAUCUUGAGUCAUGUUACCAUCAGGCAUGGGCCGGAAAAAUACAUUGUAAGGGGCUUUCUACUUGAUGCGACCCAAUCGUUAAGCAUAGAUUACAUACAUUUGAAGCCAUCCCUAAUAAUUUUACAGAGCCUUAAUGUGGCAAAUAUGAAGUAGACUCUUUUUUUUUCCCCUCCCUUGUGAGUGCGAUGUCUAUCGGAGGGAAAAUCACAUUCUUCCAGCGCAUUUGUAUUAAUAAACCUGCCCACCAGCCUUAUGAGUGACUUUCUAUUGAAUUGUCGUUUUCAUCCAAUCGGAAAUGGUCAGUGCGCGAUACAGGAUGUCGAUUGGCUGUCAUCUCGGCGCCACGUCCCCGCCCCCAUCUGUCACUUCACACGCCGCACUGGGCUCCUUCCAAUCUCCUCGGUGAACUUUCUGUGACAUCAUCGGACACGCUUAAAGCGUGCAAACAUAUCCUUUCCCCGUGCAUGGAGCGCGCGAACGCACACUGGGCCAUUUUCUCCACUUUUCCUCGUCGCGAUGAAGCGCCAUUAUGGCAAGAAGUAGCAAGUCAGCAACAGCGAGGACUCUGGAGGAUUUGACGCUGGACUCGGGUUAUGGUGGAGCCGCCGACUCCUUCAGGUCUUCCAGUGCGUCUCUGUGCUGCUCGGAGGCACAUGGAUGGAACUGCUGGCAACUAACGGACUCCAUGCACAGUCGAAACAACAGCCUGGACACUGUCAACACGGUUCUGGUCGAAGACGCCGAGAUCCUGGAGUGCAGCGGCCAGUGCGCUAAACUAGCCGAGCUUGAGGAUGUGCCGUGGAGCCUCGGGGAGGUGGCGAGAGCCCUGGAGAGGGACGAGGGAAUGAGCGUAGCCAGCCCGCCGCAGGACGUCCUGCUCCGACUCUCGGCGCUGGCCAGCCGGGCCCUCGUCAGGGUCGCCAAGGAGGCGCAGCGCUUGAGUUUGCGUUACGCCAAAUGCACCAAAUACGAGAUCCAAAGUGCCACAAAGAUGGUCCUGUCGUGGGUCGUCUCCACGAACUGCAUCGGCGCUGCCCUCGGCGCCUUGUCCCUGUACAACAUGAGCACCGAGGAGGACAAGUUCGGCCAGGGCAAGUCCGCGCGCUGCGGGCUCAUCUUUAACGUGGGCAAAUUCUUUCGCUGGAUGGUGGAUAGCAGACUCGCGGUCCGGAUCCACGAGCACGCGGCCAUCUAUCUGGCGGCCUGCAUGGAGAGCCUCUUCCGCCAGAUACACGCACGAGUGCUUCGCAGUGCGCUACUGGAACGGGACAACGGGAUCCCCAAGUUGAGCGUCGAGAGUCUGGAGCAGGCCCUGGGAGGUGAUGCAGAGCUGUGGGGGUCCCUGCAGCCCUGGCAGCAUCUGAUCUGUGGGAAGAACGCGAGCGGUGUCCUCAGCCUACCUGAAGGUUUGAUUCUGCAGCAGCGAGUGGGGAAGAAUGGCGAGGGAAACGCCUACAACCCGUCUGAACUGCGCUCUAUUGAACAGUGCUUACUGGCCGCACGAGUCGGCAGCAUCUCCGAACUCAGUGAAAUGGUGUCCCGGGCUAUGCACUACCUCCAGCCACUGUACACCAAGAACCACAAUAAUGGGACCCCCAUCCACCAGAAGAGUGCAGUAAUACACUGGGCCCCCGAGGCCAUCUACACACUGUGUUACUUCAUGCACUGCCCCCAGAUGGAAUGGGAGAACCCCAACGUUGAGCCAUCAAAAAAUACCUUACAAACUGAGAGGCCGUUCAUGGUGCUGCCGCCUCUGAUGGAGUGGGUGCGUGUGGCUGUUGUUCACACUGAGCACAGGCGGAGCUUCUCUGUGGACAGCGAUGAUGUUCGGCAGGCUGCCAGGCUGCUGCUGCCUGGAGUGGACUGCGAGCCCCGCCAGCUCCGAACGGAUGACUGCUUCAGCGCCUCGAGGAAACUGGAUGCUGCCUCAACCGAGGCAAAGUUCCUGCAGAACUUGGGCUUCCAUAUGCUCAGUUGCGGACGCACAGACCUGGUGAAGCAGGCCAUCAACCUGCUGGGGCCGGAUGGGAUCAACAGCAUGAGUGAGCAGGGGAUGACCCCACUCAUGUAUGCUUGUGUUCGUGGAGACGAGGCCAUGGUGCAGAUGCUGCUGGAUGCUGGAGCAAAUAUUAACAGUGAGGUGCCAAACUCAGUACACAAGCACCACUCAGUCUUUCCCGAAACGCGGCAGGCGACGCCCCUCACAUUUGCCGUGUCACAUGGACAUGUGCCUGUGGUGCAGCUGCUUCUAGAUGCCAAAGCCAAUGUGGAGGGCUCCCUGCAGGACGGGAUGGAGAACUACACUGAGACCCCGCUGCAGCUGGCUGCUGCUGCAGGUAACUUUGAGCUGGUGAGCCUGCUACUGGAGCGGGGGGCCGACCCCAUGUUGGGAACCAUCUCUCGCAACGGCAUCUCCACUGCGCCGCAGGGAGAUAUGAACUCUUACAGCCUGGCAGCUGCGCACGGCCACAGAAAUGUUUUUCGGAAGCUGUUGUCUCACACAGAGAAAGGUAAAGGAGACGUCUUGUCCCUGGAAGAGAUUCUGGCAGAAGGAUCGGAGCUGGAGGGAAGAAGUUCAUCUGAGACGGACCUAAUCCGGACUGGGAAGGCCAAACUGAAAGCACUGAAAGAAGCCAUGUACCACAGUUCAGAGCAUGGACAUGUAGACAUCACCAUAGAUAUACGGAGCCUUGGGGUACCAUGGACUUUGCACGCAUGGCUAGAAUCUCUGCGCACAUGUUUUGCCCAGCAUCGCCGGCCACUGAUCCAGGGUCUUCUGAAAGAAUUUAUCUGCAUUGAGGAAGAUGAGUACACCGAGGAGCUGGUCACGCACGGCCUGCCUCUCAUGUUCCAGAUCCUCAGAGCCAGCAAGAAUGAAGUGAUCAGCCAACAGCUGUCAGCCAUCUUCACCCAGUGUUACGGGCCCUACCCGAUCCCCAAAAUGGCAGUAAAACGCAAACAGUCAUCGCGCCUCGAUCCUCACUUCCUGAACAAUAAAGAGAUGUCAGAUGUGACAUUUUUGGUCGAGGGGAAGCCUUUUUAUGCCCACAAAGUCUUGCUCUUCACAGCCUCCAACAGGUUCAAAACUCUUCUGGCAAAUAGGCCAUGUGGUGAAAACACCUGCAUUGAAAUAAGCCAUGUAAAGUACCACAUUUUUCAGCUUGUGAUGCAGUAUCUCUACUGUGGAGGAGCAGAUGCUCUGCACAUUAGGAACCCUGAUGUUAUGGAGCUUUUGUCAGCAUCAAAGUUCUUCCAGUUGGAGGCGCUGCAAAGGCACUGUGAGAUUAUCUGCACGAAGAAUAUAAACACAGAGACUUGCGUGGAGAUCUACAACCACACUAAGUUUUUAGAUGCACCAGACCUAGCAUCCUACAUAGAGGGCUACUUCCUUAAGAACAUGGUCAUGCUGAUAGAGUUGGAGCCUUUUAAACAGCUGCUGUAUGAAGUACCCCCGGAUAGUCCCAGCUGUAACAUCCUGCAGAACUUGGAGAAAACGCUGGCUGUGCGCAUCCAGUCCAUCCACUUGUCCUCAUCCAAGGGAUCCAUUGUUUGAACUCCUAAACUUAUAAAAACAAUCACAGACUCGGAAACGCAAGAGAUGAAUACAACUGGAGUAUCUUUGCAAUAGAAACACAUGAUAUAUACUGUAAAUGUGUGUCUGCGUGUGUGUGUCUGCGCAUGGGUGGCCUUGUUGCAGUUUCUGUCGGCCUCUUGAUAAUUUUUCACAGAUGCACAGUUCUGUUGGAGGUUGUCUCCUCUGCCAUAACUCUGACACUCUUACAAUAGCUGUACUUUCCCACAAAAUUCAUAAUAGCAAAAUGCGAUUCAUCUCAUCAAAAUACCUCUCAUCUUAUUGCUGUCGCAGUCUAUUCCUUGAUGAUGUUGACCUAUAGACACUGAUGGGAAGGGUCUGGUUCCAUGUUUGAUGAUAUUUUGGCUUUUUAUAAACAGAUAAUACCACUGAUGAUCCUUUACGGGCUGUGAGGAAGAGUUCCUGGUGUCUAAUGUUGUGAUUACUUGCUAAUGUAUUUGUGGUAAGUAAUUUAUUUGUACUGUCAGUCCUGAUGAUUAUUCUUGAAGGCCAAAUGACCUGACCUGAAACAUAACGUAAUGUGGCAUCCAUCAUGUUUUGUGUGGAAAUCAUAAGUUCAAUUUCCUCAAUACUUUGUAAAUAUUGUUGAUAAAAGCAGUUCUAUCAAUAAUGUAGGUCACUGUAUAUAUCCACAGAUGUUUUCGCAUUUGUCUUACUGAGUAUUGCUGUUAUAACAACAACAACAACAGAAUCUAUUUAUGUGUAAAUGUUGCAUGUCAACUGGAUCGUUUUGGAGGAUUGGGGCCUUUGCUUUGUCUAAGAGUGAGAGUGAUAAGUGAGAAUUGAUUUGCCAUCAGCAUGGGUCACAAAAUUUAAACGGUGUUGUUAUUCUUCAUGAGAGGCUCAAGGUGUGGUUAAUCAUGCAAUGGAGAUGCUGGCAGCAGUGAUCAGAGAAUCGGGAAACUACAUGCGAGGUAUGUGUGUGUGACUUAUUUUUCCUUAACGUACAGCAGUCUACUGUCUCUGCCUGGCUUAAAUGAACAAAAAAAAAUACCCACAAUGGGGUACCUUCUAUUCUAUUUGGUGUAAAAAUUUGGCUCUGACCUGCGGAAAGGUUACAGUAGUGUUCAUAAGAAUAGCAGUCCAAUGUGACUAAACCAGAUCAAUCCACAUUUCCAGAAUAUUUUUUUAUCGCUACAUGUCAAACAAGUUACCAGUAAGUGCAGUAGAUUUUCACAAAACCAACAAGGCUCUGCAAUUGGGCAAUUUGUUGAAAGGAGUAUGUUAAAAAAAAGUGUUACAUUCAAUCAGUGAGGUAAUCAAUUUUGUGAAAAAACAUGAAUCAGGUGGCUCCUAUUUAAGGAUGAAGCAAGUACCUGUUCAAAAUGCAUUUUUCCUUGAAAGCCUGAGGGAAAAUGGGUCGCUCAACACAUUGUUCAGAUGAACGGCGUACUUCAAUUAAAAGUUUGAUAGGAGAAGGGAAACCUUAUAAAAAAAAAGUGCAAAAAUGAGGUCUAAAGCCUUAAAACAGAGAGCAGAUCCAGAGAGACGGGACAGAAAAUGAAUUGCAAAAUAACCAAAAAGGCAAAGGCUCAGCCAAUGAUCAGCUCCAGAAAGAUCAAAGACAGUGUGCAGAUACCUGUAAGUACUGUGUCAAUGAGAAGACAUCCGUGUAAAGCUAAUUUAUUUACAAGAAUCCCCUGCAAAGUCCCAAUGUUCAAAAAAAAGAAAGAAAAAGAGGCAUGUGCAGAAGAGGUGACAAUUUACAAAAGACCACAUCAACGAUCUUAAAGAGAAAUGGAGGAACAUUUUGUGGACUGAUGAGAGUAAAAUUGUUCUUUUUGGGUCCAGGACAGCAGACAGUUUGUGAGGUGAUGACUCCCAAACUGAAUUCAAGCCACAGUACACAGUGAAGACAGUGAAGCAUGACUGUGCAAGCAUCAUGACAUGGCAUGUUUCUACUACUAUGGUGUUGGGCCUAUUUACCGCAUGCCAAGGAUCAUGGAUUGGUUUGCAUGUGUCAAACUACUUGAAGAGGUCAUAUUCCCUGAUACUGAAAAGGACUUGCCCUCGAAAUGGGUGUUUCCAAACACACUAGUAAACAUGCAAAGUCUUGGUUCCAAACCAACAAAGUUAAUCUCAUGGACAGACCAGCCCAAUCCCCAGACUUUAAUCCAAUUGAGAACUUGUGCGUAACAUAAAAAAUGCUGUUUCUGAAGCAAAACCAAGAAAUGAAUCUUGUUUAGGAAUCUUGGAGUGGAAUAAGUGGUGCCACAAGUUGGUUGACCCCAUGUCACACAGAUCUGAAGCAGUCAUAAAAAAACUAUGGUCAUACUAACUAACUAAAUAUUAGUGGAGUGAUUCAAAGGAUUGGAAUCCUGAAAACAAAGUUUGUACAAAAUAGUUUUGAAUUUGUAAAGUCAAUGGCAGACUGCUCUUUAUUUUUAACACGACCCUUUCAACAAAUUGCCCAAUUGCACAACCUUAAGAGUGUUUGUAUGUAUCAUGAAUGCUGGGUCUUUCUGAGAAUUUACUGCAACUACUGGUAACUUUUUUGACAUGUAGCAAUAAAGAAAUAUACAUACUGAGAACAUGGAUUAAUCUGGUUAGUCACAUUGGACAGCUAUUAGGUUUUUUUUCACGACUGUACAUCACAGUUUAGGUAGGAGCAGCAGAGUCGUUUAAUUUGGCAUCCAGUUCAUGUAGUUCUGAAUAAAUAAAGUACAUUAAAUAGAAAAAAAACAUUUGACAAAUAGAUAAAUCAAUUGAUCGCAUGUACUACAAAACUGUGUAGUCACAGUGUCAUUGACUACUGAUUAGCAAUAAGAAGCGAAUAACUGAGAAAAAGUUCAUUGUCACACUCAGUCUAAAUCAUGCUGUGCAUUGUGAAUACAAUAAAUAAUGUUUAAAGUAAAUUUUUGUGCUGUCGGUUAUAACGUUUAUUUGAAUUAAAAAAAAUACUUGUAUGCUGUCUGUUUGUUUCCUACUAAUCAUGGUAACUAUAAGAUCUCCAGAUCGUGUCUUUUUGUCAUGUCUAACAAAGGAACUAAAGAUAUACCAGAAUGUUCACCAGCCAAUUUAUCAUUUACUUGCUGGGUAGUGCUUAAUAUUUUGGGGGCAUAACAACACAAAUACACAUCAGCAAAGUUAAGUAAUUAAGUAAUUUUAAUUUUAAGUAAUUUUCUUUUACUUUGAUUAAAGAUCCUGUAUUUUCCUGUAUUUUUGGUUACUUGGAGCUCCAUGGAGUGACGUUCCAACAUGACUUAUUAUAUAAAAAUGUCAAUUUUCUUUAAGAAAAGCACCAUAGUUUUGUCUUACGAAUGUCGAGAAAAGCCCCUCCUGAUAGCAACUUCUGUUUCACCCAAUUUUGUAUCCGCAUUAUCCAUAUUUAGCUUUCCUCUGAUUGGUUAUGUCCAUGUAAAAGAUCCAUCCCAAAUACUAGAAAAGAUUUAUUUGGCAAAAUAGGCUCCCUUUAAGAUACAGUGAAGAAAAUAAGUAUUUGAACACCCUGCUGUAUUGCAAGUU